GGGGACCGGAAGGAGCAACGUCUGAGGUCACCCCACCCCCGGAGGAGCAGUGGGGGGUCAAUGUAAGGGGGUGGGGAGAGCAGAAGGAUUAUGGGAGGACCAGAGGUAGCAUGUCAUGGAGAAGGAGGACCAGGGCUGGAGCAAAUCCUAUGAGCUUGUGGAAUGGGGAGAAUAAUUUAGUGUCGUCUGCAAAAGGCAUCUGUGUGGGUGAGGCAGCAGAGCAGGGACACCCAUCAUCUGCUGUGUUCCCUGAUCUGUGGGGUGGCCUGGUGGCUUGAGUUUUCCUGACUUCUCUUCCGGGCCCCAGGCAUGGCGAUGGCAGUAGCCCAGAAGUUCAGCCACCUGCUGUCCAGCCUGUGGCACGUGGGCCAGAAGCCUCUGCAACCAGAACCCGUGUUUACAGUGGACCGGGCCCAGGUGCCGCCACUCUUCUGGAAGCCGUACAUCUAUGCUGGCUACCGGCCGCUGCAUCAGAACUGGUGUUUCUACUUCCGCACACUCUUCCAGCAGCACAACGAGGCUGUGAACGUGUGGACCCACCUCCUGGCCGCCCUAGCUCUGCUGCUGCGGCUGAUCGGCUUGGUGGGGAGUGUGGACUUCUGGGAUGACCCUCACGUGCUGCCCCUCUUCUUCAUCGUCCUGGCUUCCUUCACCUACCUCUCCUUCAGUGCCCUGGCUCACCUCCUGCAGGCCAAGUCGGAGUUCUGGCAUUACAGCUUCUUCUUCUUGGACUAUGUGGGUGUGGCCGUGUACCAGUUUGGCAGUGCCCUGGCACACUUCUACUAUGCCAUAGAGCCGUCCUGGCAUGACAAGGUACAGGCUAUUUUCCUGCCCACGGCUGCCUUUCUGGCCUGGCUUUCCUGCGCUGGCUCCUGCUACAACAAGUACAGUCAGAAGCCAGGUCUGCUGGGGCGCAUUUUCCAGGAGGCGCCCUCUGCGCUGGCCUAUGCGCUGGACAUCAGCCCCGUGGUGCACCGCAUCAUAGUGUCUCCCCUCCCUGCCGAGGAGGAUCCCGCUCUUCUCUAUCACAAAUGCCAAGUGGUUUUCUUCCUUCUAGCUGCUGCGUUUUUCUCCACGGUUAUGCCUGAGAGUUGGUUCCCCGGCAGCUGCCACAUCUUUGGGCAGGGACACCAAGUUUUCCAUGUCUUUUUGGUGCUGUGCACUCUGGCCCAGCUAGAGGCGGUGACUCUGGACUAUCAGGUCCGGAGGGACAUCUACGAGCCUCUGCACGCCCGUUGGCCCCACAACUUCUCUGGCCUCUUCCUGCUCACUGUGGCCAGCAGCAGCCUCACCGCGCUCCUCCUCAGCCAGCUGGUGCGGCGCAGACUCCAUCAGAAGACCAAGUGAAAGCGGGCGGGUGGGAGCUGGCAGGGUGAGAGAAGGUGCUAGGGACAAAAGCCUGGACUUGACUCCAGAUUGGAACAAGGCCCGGUAAAGCAGAUUCUAUCUGGCAGGCCAUGACUCCCUGCAUACAAGCUCAAUGGCCAAAGCGAUGCUAGCCAAUCCUUGAGCCUGCGGGUUGGCUGGGAGCUGCAGAGCCUUGCUCAGUUCCCUGCUGUGGGAGGGGAAGAGAUGAGGGACUCCUGAUUGCCCCUCCCUUGCCACCUAUCAGAGCUAAGGGUUGGAGUUCAGCUUUGGUCACCAUACUGGUUUGGGGUCAGUGAUAAGAUUCAGGCCAUUGUCCAAUUUGAGCCAAGAGGGAGUGGAAGUCUUAGCAGCCACCACCUACCAGAGCUCACUGAAGAGAAAAGGGCCCAAAGAUGGGUAGCGUUUUAACUUCACUGUGCCCUGCACAGCCUGGAUCGCUGGGUUCCAGCGAGUCCCCAAAGACAAAAGACGCCCUCCCUUGCCCACAUCCCUGCAUCACAGCCCAGCCAGGAAGCCUCACAGGAAGCAUUGGCCUGCAUCUCUUGCACACUGUUUUCAGUUUCUCCCCACAACUCAUUUAUGAUUUUGAGAUAUGUCUCCUUAGCUCACUGUUUCCUGGGGCUCCAGGCUUUAGAACCAGUAGGAAUUGUCAAGGAAAGCUCAAGG